AUUUAAUAAACAUUGAAUGGAAUAUUAAACCCGUAAAUACUUACAACUGAACCGUAACGGGUGUGUUCAACCGCAGAACAGGAUUAUUCUGAAAGGGCGUGGAAAAGAUCCCACAGGGACGGCGAUAACGGGAAAAGGUGCCCGGCAGUACACCAGAACAGUUGUGACAACAUUACAUUGCCAGUCUUAGUUUCACAUACAAGUAAAAAAAAGGAGUCUGGUAUCUGAUCUUUUCGUUUUACAGUGAAAUCAUGAUACCUCCACUUACUCUCUUUGUGGUCUGCCUUUUGAUACCGUCAUUUGGAAAUUCUCUACAAGACAUUAAGCCAGAAGUAACUAUAGAAGGAUCUCCUAACAUCGUUGCCAUAAUAGAUUUUCACUUAGAUUCGGACAGCGAUGGGAACUGCAUAAAUCUUUCAAGAGCCGGUAUUGAUUCAUUGAUGGCUUUGAAAUGGUCUAACGAAGUUUUGGACAAAAAUACACCAAGCAACACCGGACUUGUACUUUACGACUCGUGUGGAUCUUUAACAAGGGCAUUGAAGAUUGUUGGACAAUUAAUAAAUACUCAAGGUUGUAGUAAUUGUACAGAGAUAGUCGGUUUAAUAACAUUUACAAAAGAAGAUAUUCAGACAAAAGUUUUAGAUGUUAUACGACCGUUUGGGAUCGUCAAUGUUGGAAUAUCACAAGGAAGUUACAUCUCCUUCAGUUCAGACCUGUCUUUAACUAUUGCAGGCGUUUCUCUCUGGAAGUCAAAGGCUGUAGUGAGGAUAUUGGAGGAAUUUCAUUGGAAGCAUAUCGAUGCAUUUGCUGCCAACAACCCUCUUGCUUCAACAGAAUUUGAGUUAUUCUUGAAAAUUGCAUUUUCUAAUGAUAUCUGUACCCGCAGGUUACAAAACACAGACAAUAACUCGACCUUAGUGAACUUGUCAUCAGAUGUAGUUGUUAUUUUUGUCUCGGGUCAUGAUAACAUAGAUGAAUUACUUUCUAGGUUGACGCCAUACAAAAGUAAAACAUUUCUCAUCGUGGGUGAUUCGAAUAUUGACUUAGUUACUUCCGAAUUAGGUAAUAAUACUCUUUUGCUGAAAGAACAAUCAUUCGUUGUUCAGAAUAUGCAACAGUACUUAGAAAAUGAAUUCAGUAUUAUCAAUAAAAGUGAGGCAAUAUUUGCAGAGUUUUUGAAAUCUCUGCCUUAUUGUGAAUAUGAUAAAGUAUUCAACCAUACAGUCUGUAGUAAACGCAUGCUUCAGUAUUGGGCGUCUAGAUUAAACGAUCGAACAUUUCUUAUUUCGCUGACUGCAUACUAUAACAUCUUUAGGCUUAUAGCACGGAAGGAAACAUUCAGCUGUAGUGGAUAUGACUUCACUAAAUGUCUAAAAGCUGUUAAUUUCGUCACCCUUAACGCCCAACAGACUUCAGCUGGAAAUCCGUUUCGAACGCAGGAAUUGACUGAUGGGAAUUUCUUGGAUCAGGUUCCAGUAAUUGUAGCACAAGGACCAUCACUGUCAUCUGAGGUUUUCAGAAUUGUCAACGAUACUAUUACAUAUAAAACAGGAAACUUCAGUACAUUAAAUAAUAUACCGUCUACUUUAUGUAAUGAAUCCUGUUACAAAUGUGGCGAAUGUUACAAGCAAGCGGAGGAAAUUAAACCAUCUGUUAUUGUCAAAAAUGGUGACAUUAUUUUUACAGCUGGGUUUCCUGUAUAUAAAGACUCAACAUAUGGCUCUCCUUGUUCGGAAUUAUCGAGAGAAGGCAUUUUGAUGACACAGUCUUUCUUAUAUGCAAUAGAUACUGUAAAAGAUAAAUAUCCUUCGAAAAAUUUGCUAUCAAAAGUUUCUAUUGGUGCUUUGAUAUAUGAUACAUGUGGCGGAAAAAUUCUUGACUCGGCACAAAUUGUUAGUAAUUCGAACUGUCCUCUAACCUUUUUCAGCGGACAAAAUAACACUACUGUUUCUGGAAGCUUGAUGUCCGACAUUAGAUAUUCCACCUCUAGAAAUUUAAUGAGACCAGGACCUCUGACAAAUGAUCUUGCAUCGUUUAAAAUUUCAACCGCUGGAUUAUCUCUGUCGCCGGAAAGAUAUGACGUAUAUUUAAAAGAUUUAUCGUCAUUAUUGAAAUCAAUUAAUUGGACUUAUGUAUCCCUUGUAUAUUCUGAUGAUUUCAGUAAAAUGGACUCUGUAAAUCAUCAUGUAUCUGAUAUGCGAAGUGGUGGUAUAUGUUUAUCUGAUGAAAUCUUUUUUCACAACACCAUCACAACAAUCGAUACAGUUGCAUCAAAGGUCAUCAAUUCUACUCUUAAAAGCGGCGCAAUUGUCCUUUUGACAACACUAGAAGAUACUAUGAAGUUGAUGGAAUACCUGCGAACAAAGAAUUUUUCUUUUGACAAUGCCAAUUUCAUUUUCUUUGCAUGGAAUGUUAUUACUGAUCUACCGAAAGGUUCAGUUGUCAUUCGGCCACGGAUGUUAUCGGAUCCAUCCCUCAAACAGGAGUUGAAAACACUUUCCGUCAUUGAUAAUGGUUACUACAGAGGACCGGUAACAGACAGUGUAAACCAUUGGUGGGUAAAGUAUCACGAGCAUCGCCAUAAAUGUCACGUGUCAAUUAAAGACAAUACUUUGCAUCCAAACUCUUGCACUAAUCAACCGACUUUUUCCGACGAUGAUAUCGAUAUGACAGUUCCAGGUCUUAUUGUUGAAUACGUCGACAUUAUGGUCACAAUUGUUGAUGAACUAUAUAAAACAAAGUGCCCAUCUCAGUCCGGACCCUGUGAAGCAUUUAUGUCAUCUGAUGAUUUGGCGGAUUAUAUAAAAACAGCAGUUCCCGGAGUCACAUUUACAGACGGUUCUAACAGGAUUAGUUUUACAGCAGAUGGUUCUUUGAGGAUGCCAUUAGAAGUAUUCAACAUUCAACUUUCAUCUAAAAUCAUGGUUGCAACAAUUACAAAGGAAAAUGAAGUUACCAUGUCAACAAACCAGAUAGUUGCUUUUGAUUUAAAUAACUCUUCUGUAGUUAUUCAGCACCAGUGCUCCGGAUGGUGCCCAUCUUGUCACCAGUGUCAAACAAAUACUGCACAGAACAUUGACUAUUACUAUAAAUCUGGUGAUAUUGAUCUUUUUGCAUUGUUUCCAAUACACUCCAUGGGUGCUAAAAUAGGAAUAUGUGACCUACUUGCUCUGAAGGAGGGAACUGAGUAUCUUACAGAAGCUUUCCUCUAUUCGAUAAACACGGCAAAGUUGAGAUAUCCAUACCUUUUACAGGGAAUAUCUGUCGGUUCUUUAAUUGUCGAUACGUGUUCCAGUGUAGACACAGUACAGCAAAGUAUAGCAAAUUUUGAAAGUUGUUUUGCUUCGUUUCCGUCAUCGAGUGGGAAAAUGGUUUCACCCAUGUCAGUUCCUAGUUACCUUUUAUAUUCAAAUAUCAGUACCGCAGAAGACUUAAGUGCGUCAAUUCAGCGACAUGGUAAAUUUGUCAUGUCACAUUCAACUGAUUUUAAAUAUAAAGGAACAAUCAUGGGAACAUUACAGUAUUCAUACGCGAGGUCUGAAGUUACUACAAUUGUUAACUUUUUAUCAGAAAUGAAAUGGACUUACGUCUCUGUUGUGGGUUCUUCUGAACCUCUCUAUACUUGGAAGGUGCAACAGUUUGAAGAACUCGCAGCAAGAAAUAACAUUUGUAUAAAUACAGUUCAUUCUAUAUCAGAUUCUGGUACAGCUAAAUCUGCUGUUGAUGCAAUUAGUUCCGGUCCUAUCAAUAUGAAUGUUAUAAUCCUUUUCCUCUCAGUAGAAGAUAUAAAAAUGUUUUUUGGUUCUAAAAUACUCAGUAAGGUCCAUAUCAUUGGAGAUACAAACAUUGCAUGGAAUGGCUUAAAUACAAAUAUACAGAUUCCUCUUGGAACAAUAGUAAUAGAUCGAUCGAACAAGAUAAAUUCAGAUCUAAAAACUUAUUUAGACACCCUAAAUACUCAAACGAUAAGUCGUUAUGGAAAUCCUUGGCUGAAAAAAUUUCAGACAGGACGUGAAAAUUGCAAACUAAGUCAAUCUCAGUCUUGUAACUUACCUAAUGAUAUUAUGUUGCAGUCAUCAAAAGUUGUAAUGGAGACGGAUAUAAUCCUCCAUGGUUUACACAAUAGAGUUACUAAACUUUGUGGUCAACAGACAAAAAUGUGUAAACUGCUAGAAACGGAAGGAUUGUCUCUUCAUAUGGAAGACUUUAGAAAUAUUAGCUUCUCUUACUUACAGGAUCAGAUAGUACUCUAUACAACUGAUGCAUACAACGGUGCAUAUCAGAUCCAAAAUUUCCAAGAAAAUAAAAUGGUCAAGGUUGGAGAAUGGACAAACAAUACUUUAUCUCUAUCCAAAGAAAUCAUCCGUGCAUAUAGUAAUGGUGGUGUGGUUCAGAAAGUCUUACCGUUGUCUCGAUGUAUCGGCACAUGUUUAUGCACGAACCUUAACAACACAGAAGAAGGAACAGAAAUGCCGGAGCCUUACCAAGACCCGGAGAUGAUAUUUUAUUCUUCGUCUGCAAUAUUUAACAGUAAAUUAUGGACAAUAAUUAUACUUGCAGUCGCCUGUGGAGGAGUCGGAGCGUCCUUGUUAUUCAUCGUAUACGUUAUUUACAAAACAUGUAUCGGGUGUCUCAAUAAACGGUACAUAGGACUCGGAAUUCUUCUACUUUUAUCAAUAACAGCAUUGUAUUUGUCUGUUUUACCAUUUUUGUUUACACCAAGUGAAAUGGGGUGCACUGCUCGACAUCUGCUACCAGGAAUAAGUUAUGCAUUAGUUUAUGCAACAUGCUUAGCCAAACUUAUGUCACUGAGAUCUUAUAAAUUAAUUGGAUUAGGAGGUGAAAUUUCAAAUUUAAAUCAGUUUUUGACGGUGACAUUUGUAAGUGGUGUUCAAAUUGCAAUAUCGGUGCAAUAUGUUGCUUUGAAAGGCCCGUUCCUCGAAACAAAGUCAAUGUCCAAUGAGAAAAUGUAUUCUUGCAAAUUUGACAGAGAAUUGUUUGUAAUAUAUUUAAUUUAUGACAUGUUAUUAAUAGUGAUCUGUUCGUUGUACGCUUUGACUGUAAGAAAAGAGAAGAAAAAUAUGGGUGAAGCUAUCUUUAUUCUCAUUAGCAGUUGGAUAAACAUUGUUUUAUGGACUGCUUGGGUAGCUGUAACAUUGAUAAUAUCACGUGACUAUGUGGAACUAACAAUUUGUAUUGGGAUUCUUGCGUGCGCGACAGUGGUCAUCAUAACAGUAUUUGUACCGAAACUUCACAAAAUUUCAAAGUUAAAAUAUGAUGUGAAAAAAAAUGGAGUUCAAAAUGGUGGCUAUAAAAUCGACACAGAAUUUAUGUUUGAAAGACCUCAUACUUUACCCGGUGGAUUUAGAAGUUCUUACAAUAUGUCGCCACAAAAAACAAAUCCGAAAAGUAUAUCUACAUUUGACUCAAGUAUGAGUUAUUGAAAUAAUCAUUACGUCAAAGAAAACAUGAUAUUGUAUUGUAUUUUAAUUUUUAUAUGAAGAAUACAUAUUUUUAAUGAAAAUUAAACAAUAUUGAAAGAGAUUUAAGAAAUGUUACGCAACUCCUACGACGUAACAACAGAACUCUGACUUAUUGGUGUUUUAUUCAAUCUCAUAGUGCGUUUGAGGAAUGUUGGCUUAUAGACGGCAAAUCGUAGUAUUGAACAAGCAUUACCAUUUUCUCAACCUAUUAUCUUGUUUCAACACAAAGUUUUGAGAAUACAUAAUUAUUCCAUUUCAUGUGUGCAUGAUUUGAAUGAUGAUUACCAAAUAUAUGAUAUAUUGCCUUACAUAACAAAAUGAAUAUACGGUACAGAUAUCCCAAAUUGUAUUAUUGAUUUAUUGUUAUCAACUCCUACAUUCUGUUGAAAUGAUUUGGAUUUUCUAUAGUGUAAAAUAUUUUAUAUAAUAAGAAUUAUUGAAAAUGCU